AUGCCCGCCCCCACAGACCCCGCAGAGGCCAUCAGGCAGACCGUCGCCGACAAGUGGCUCAAACCCAACGGUCCACCAGUCGGCACCACGUUUGGCGGCCGCCUCUUGAAGACAGAGGACGAUGUCUUUAGCCAGAACGCGUGGGAUCAUGCCGAGCUGCCAUCAGACUUUAAAGAGCGAGCGGAACAAGUCAUGGAGCUGCAUAGGUCGAGCCCUGUCGCGCAAGACGUACGGGACAAAUACAACGAGAGACCUGCCGAUUAUUGGAACAAGUUUUACUCGCAGCACGAGGAUGGGUUUUUCAAGGACAGAGGAUGGUUACGGCUCGAAUUUCCAGAGCUGGUCGCAUGUAGCGAAGCGGACGCUGGGCCCAAGACUGUACUCGAGGUCGGAUGUGGCGCCGGCAACACCGUGUUUCCUCUGAUUCAACGAAAUGAGAACCCUCAUCUCACGAUAUUUGCGACCGACUACUCCGAGACAGCCGUCAAGGUAGUCAAGGCCAACAAAAUGUACCCCAAGGCAGACCACGGGCUGGGCGUGAUGAACGCCUCCGUUUGGGACAUCACCUCCAAACCCUCCUCACCCGACACUGCUGAUUCUGCUGCCACUCAACCACCCGUGACCUACUCAUUACCAGAAGGUAUCGCUCCCGGCACAGUAGACGUCAUCUCCGUCAUCUUUGUCCUCUCCGCCCUUCAUCCCCGUGAAUGGAAACAGGCAAUCCACAACCUCUACACCGCUCUGAAACCUGGAGGACUGCUCUUGAUCAGGGACUACGGCAGGCAUGAUCUCGCACAAUUGAGGAUCAAGAAGAACCGUCUGCUCGAUACGCCUAAUCUGUAUAUCAGAGGGGAUGGGACGAGGGUGUACUUUUUCGAAAAGGAAGAGUUGGAGGAUAUGUUGGUGGGCGCUCCUGCAGAUGGGGCUGUCGAUGAAAAGAAGAUGUUUGAGAUUCAACAGCUGGGAGAAGAUAGGCGCUUGCUGGUGAACAGGAAGGAACGCUUGACAAUGUAUCGCAUAUGGAUGCAAGUCAAGGCUAGGAAACUUGCUUAA